CGAGUUUAAAUCCAACUGGACUGAUAAAAGAUAUCAUUCAAUCGAAUUGCUAGGGCAAACUCAGGAAUAUUUAUUUGCUUUUUGUUACGUACGGUACGACUUACGCGCAGUCAACUUAAAACAAUUAAAUCAUAAGUGAAUCAUUCAUCAUAAACGUUAGUUCGGUUUUUAGUGAGCAAACGAGUUUUAGAGCGAUAUAGGCUUUUCUGGGACCUAUUUUAUAUAAAAAAUUAAAUUAAUAUAGUGAGUGCGUGAUAACAAUGUCGGGCAAUUCUGGAAUGGAACAAUUGAUAUCUGUGGUGAAUAGAUUACAAGAUGCUUUUACGAGAUUGGGCGUUCAUUUGACUUUAGAUUUGCCGCAAAUAGCGGUGGUGGGGGGCCAAAGUGCGGGAAAAAGUUCAGUAUUGGAGAAUUUUGUGGGAAGAGAUUUUUUACCACGGGGAACUGGAAUUGUGACACGAAGACCAUUAAUUUUGCAACUGAUUCAUUCUAAAUAUGAAUAUGCAGAGUUUCUACAUAAUAAAGGAGAAAAAUAUAGUGACUUUGACAAAGUUCGAAGAGAAAUUGAAGCUGAAACAAAUAGGGUAACUGGAGGAAACAAAGGAAUUUCAAAUAUUCCAAUCAAUCUGAGGGUAUAUUCUCCAAAUGUUCUAAAUUUGACACUUAUCGACUUGCCAGGCAUGACGAAGAUUCCCAUUGGCGAUCAGCCCCCCGACAUCGAAAUCCAAAUAAGGAAAAUGAUUCUGGAAUACAUAAGCAAGGAAUCCUGUUUAAUAUUAGCCGUUACGCCGGCAAAUUCCGAUUUGGCCAAUUCUGAUGCACUCCAGAUAGCCAGAGAAGUUGAUCCCCAAGGUUUUAGAACAAUUGGCGUGAUUACGAAGUUGGAUCUUAUGGAUGCUGGUACCGAUGCUCGUGAGAUUUUAGAAAAUAAACUUUUACCUUUAAGAAGGGGUUAUGUAGGAGUAGUAAACAGAUCUCAGAAAGACUUACAAGGAGGAAAGGAUAUCCAUGUUCAAAUAGCUGCAGAAAGAAAAUUCUUUAUGAGUCACCCUUCCUAUCGUCAUUUAUCAGACAAAUUAGGAACCAUUUAUCUCCAAAAAACGCUAAACGCUCAACUAACUAGUCAUAUAAAGAACACCCUGCCAAAUCUACGAGAUAAGCUACAGAAGCAGUUAUUAGAUUUAAGUAAGGAUAUAGGAGAUUUAAAAAGUUUCAAGCAUGACGAUCCAACUUUGAAAAGUAAAGCUCUUUUACAAAUGAUUCAGUGUUUCUCUGUAGAAUUUGAGAAAGCGUUGGAAGGGUCAAGAUCCAGCGAAAUAAAUACGAGCGAAUUGUGUGGCGGGGCGAAAAUAAAUUCCUUAUUCCACGAGAGAUUUCCAUUCGAAAUAGUCAAAAAGGAAUUCGAUGAGAACGAGCUUAGGAAAGAAAUAGCGAUAGCUAUAUGUAAUAUCCAUGGGAUUAGGAUAGGACUAUUUACUCCCGAUCUAGCUUUUGAUGCAAUAGUUAAAAAGCAAAUAGAAAGACUUAAAGAGCCAUGUAUGAAGUGUGUGGACUUGGUCGUAGCAGAACUAUUGAACGUAAUUCAUUUAUGUUCCGAACGAAUGUCCCGUUAUCCCUGCCUUAGAGACGCCGUCGAUAGGAUAAUAUCGGCUCAGAUCCGAACCGAAGAGCAAAAAUGUAGGGAUCAAAUUUUAUUGUACAUCGAUUGCCAGCUCAGCUACAUGAACACCAACCACGAGGAUUUCAUUGGAUUCGCAAAUGCGGAAAACCAAGCAAAUAAAUCUACUAACCGCUCGAGAGCCGUUCCAGGCGAUCAAAUUAUUCGCAAAGGUUACAUGCACGUACACAACCCUAGUUUUAUGAAAGGUUCUAAAGAGUUUUGGUUCAUUCUGGCUUCUGAAAAUAUUUCGUGGUUUAAGGAUAGUUCCGAAAAAGAAGUUCAGUAUAUUUUGCCGACAAAUGGAUUGAAAGUUAGAGAUUUGGAGUCUAAAUUUAUCUCGAGAAGACACACAUUCGGAUUAUUUCACGCAAACGGAAAAAACAUAUAUAAGGAUUAUAAACAGCUAGAAUUAAGCUGUAGUUCUUUGGAUGAGGAGGAUGCCUGGAAAGCUUCUUUAUUGAGAGCAGGCAUUUACCCAGAAAAACAUGCCGAAGAAGGGGAACAGGAUGAGCAACUGAACAAUUCGGAUCCACAAUUAAAGAGACAAGUAGAAGUAAUUAGGAAUCUCGUUGACAGUUAUAUGAACAUUAUAAAUAAAUCUACAAAAGACCUAAUACCUAAAAUGAUCACAUAUUUAUUACUGAAUUCAGUCAAAAGAUUUAUUAACGAAGAAUUGUUAAUUCACAUAUACUCCAGAGAGAAUCAGCAACAAUUAAUGGAAGAAUCACCAGAAGAACUCAAAAGGCGUGAAGAGAAAAUGCAGAUGUAUGAAGCUUGUAAAGAAGCAUUAGACAUUAUAUCUGAAUGUUCGUCUAGUGUUAAUAGUAGAUUUCCAUUUGUUGACGGACAACAACAUACUGUAUCAAAAGAAGUAAAAUCAGGUUACAGAUUAUCCAUGCCACCACCUCCAGUUUCCAGGCCGGCUCCUCCACCACCGCCAGGAUUAAAAAAGUUUCAAAGCAUGAAAGAUCUUAUACCCGACUUCUAUGUUCUGUCAAUUCCAUAACUAAUCUAUCAUAUAUAUGGUACAGUGUGAGUAAAAAAAAUCAUGUUUGUGUGUCUCUCUAAAUUUUCUAUAUUCUUUUGUACUAUAGUCCGUUGAGAACAAAUAAUGAAUUAAAUAUAAUUAUAUGUAUAUCUAGAUAAUAUUUGUAUUACUCAGUCCUUAUGUUCAGCUGAAUAAUUUGGCAAUGUGUUAUUAACAUAUCAUGGGACGGAUAUUUAAACAUUUUCAUUAUUAUGUCAGUAGGCAGUAAGGUAGUUUUUGUGAUAUAUAAUAUAAUAUAUGAUCAAAAACUCAAAAACUAAUCAAGUGUUGUAUAUUGAUAGAUAGAAAAUUGUUAUAAAAAUUAUAUUAGAAUUUGUUUAGCUAUCAUUAAGGCAAUUCGAUUAUGAAUGUUUUCGAUUCUAUGCUAGGUGUUGUUGGGAUAAUAUAAAAAAGUGACUUAAAAUAAACGAUUUCAGUAUUAUAUACCGUUAGGAGAAUGUAAAACAAAAUAUGUGAAGGCAAUAGCGUGUAAUUUAGUAUUAAAUAAUUUAUAAUUUUUAGAACAACAUUUAAUUCCCAAUCAAUCAUAAUAAACUUGGUUAUUAUGAUAUAAUAAUGACAUUUUGUGAUGAUAGUGAAAUAUAAUUUAAUCGAUGUAAGAUGUAAAGAAGGGAAAAGAACUGUCAAUAUUUUGAAUAAAAUUGGAGAUACACUUCAACUAUACUAAAAUCUUUUUUAAAGCUAUUAUUAAAACGUGGUUAUUUCUGUCAAUGUUCAUAACAGCAAAAUAACAGUUUUGACUAUGAAGUAUUUUUAUAAUACUAUAACAAAUUUACACAUUUAUAAUUUCUUUAAUUAAUUUAAUUUUUUAAUGUUUUUAGUAAGUUUUAUAUACUGUUAUUCUUACUUUUACUAAUUUUUUGACGACUGAUUUGGACUUGUGAUUCGUCAUUCUUAUCCCUAUCACUUAUAUCAUAAAUUAUGUUAAAUGAUUAUUUUAAGAUAGUAGUGUAUCACCAUAUUAU